GCUCGCCGCCACUGGCACUAAAAUCACCAUGACAAUUCUUGAUUCCACUGCCGUCUCCGCAACUGGACGCCCCACCCCACUCUUCAUAGAAGCACAACACACCAUUCCAAAGAACCUCCUAAAGCCAAGGCCCAGUGAGAAAGGCGAAACAUGUUCAACAGGCUUGAAAGUUAGUUGACCAAAUUUCUGAAAGAAUCCCCAACCAGAAUCUGGUUGUAAAAAGGAGAGGGAUGUCAAGUCAGAUGAAAGGCAAAAGCUUGCCCACUCUAUCUCAACCUAAGUCAAGAAUGGCAAUGACUUUGUCUUCAGAAUGGUUUAGGGCUCAGCUGGAAGCCUUUCAACUUUUGCCAAUUCUGCAGGCGCUUGGAUUAUUUCAUACUCCUUCAAUUUUAUGAUGGAAUGGAGUUCAACAGGAACCCCCUUUUUUUUUUCUCUUUUAUUCUCAACCAUUUGGUGUUUGACUAUUCUAUUGUUGCAAAGCUUGUGCCAGAGACUAAGGGGCGAACACUUGAUGAAAUACAAAGCAUCAAUGACCCUCUUUCAUCAAUAACAUAUAUACAGAUACUUCAGGGACUCCUAAUAAACGUCCAUAAAUUUGUAUAGUCAUUCUCUAAUAUGGAUUUUAUUUUAUUUAUUUUAUUUUUUUAAUUGGGAUCAUUUUCCUUGAAACAAAGUGUCAAGAGUUAAGUAACUGUAAAGGGUUGGACAUGUGAUUUUGGAAACAAAGUUAGGUGAGACUGGUAGAUGGAGUCAUUUUUUUGGAACUUCAGAUGGGUAUCAAGUAUUCAAUAUAUAAAACACUUUUGGGACAGUUAUUUCACGUUAAUAUAGAGAAAAAGUCUGUGGUACUAGUGCUACGACUCACCUUAAUUUAAUGGUGACAUCAUUUUUUUUUUUUUGGUUAUAAUAUAAACAUAAAUUCUUUGUCAUUUAUAUUAUAAUAAUUUUGUUAUCCGUCUGAGUCAACACUAGUUCGGGGUCAACAUCUUCUUCACUUGAAAGUUUGAAGAGCUGCUCGUGGGAGGGGGAGUUGAGGUUGGUAUGCUUAAUUAUCACAUGUUUAACAGAAUAGUUUCUUCAAGUAGGAGUCCAAUUCUGGCCUUGGCCCAAGAAAUUGUGAGAAGUUAUAAGUGUGGUUAUGAUUAGGAAAAACUAACUGGUAGACAGUAAAGUAACAGUUCAAAAUGUACAAAAUAGAAUACUGUUCUGUUAGUCACUUCGAAAAUCCUACUGGAUAGUCAACACAUUUCAAUCUCCAUUUCUUUCUUUCAAGAAAGCACAAUAUGGUGAGACAGAGCUUGGAGGAAGGACUGUUACCAGGUUCUUCAAUUCUUAAACCAAAUGGAGGCAUUGGUGAUGGCAGUGAAUUAAAUGUAUAUCAAAGCGCUUCUUCCGCUACUCCUACUGUUUUGUUCAGCACCUUCAUUGCCAUAUGCGGUUUCUUCGUUUUUGGCUGCUGUGCAGGAUACUCGUCGCCUGCUGAAUCGGGAAUCAGGGAGGACCUGGGCCUCUCAGUGGCAGCAUUCUCGGUUUUUGGUUCAGUGAUAACAAUUGGUGGACUGGGAGGUUCAUUAAUAAAUGGGAAAAUAGCCGAUCUCAUUGGUCGGAGAAAAGCUCUCUGGUUUGCAGAUUUUUUCUUCAUCAUUGGGUGGCUGGCUAUAGCUUUUGCCAAGGAUGUCUGGUUCUUGGAUCUUGGAAGAGCAUCACUGGGAAUUGGAACUGGCCUCAUGGCUUAUCUGGCACCUGUAUAUGUUGCAGAAAUUACUCCUAAGAAUAUUCGAGGAGCAUUAACAUCAGCUAAUACGUUGAUGCUUACUUGUGGAAUAUCAUUAAUGUUCUUUCUUGGAACUGUCGUUUCUUGGCGCGCCCUGGCUCUAAUUGCUAUUAUUCCAUGCAUGGUGCAAGUGUUUGGUAUAUUCUUCAUUCCAGAAUCCCCUAGAUGGCUGGCGAUGACUGGUCGAGAGAAAGAAUUAGAUGCUACUCUGCAGAAACUUAGAGGAAGGGAUGCUGAUAUUUGUCAAGAAGCAGCUAAUAUAAAACUUUACACAGAGGCCUUUCAGCAGCAAUCAGAUGAUCGAAUCUUCAACUUAUUCCAACCUAGAUAUGCACAUUCCCUUAUAGUCGGAGUAGGGCUUUUGUCACUACAGAAUUUGGGUGGGAAUACUGGAAUUUCAUUUUACGCCAGUUCCAUAUUUGAAGAUGCCAGUUUUUCAAGUACAAUUGGGACUAUCUCUAUAGCUAUUAUCCAGAUUCCUGCUGUUGUUAUAUCUGUUAUCCUGACAGAUAAAUCUGGAAGACGACCACUUCUUAUGGUUUCCAACACCGGAAACUGCUUGAGUUUCUUCCUUAUUGGCUUGUCAUUCUGUUUGCAGGAACAUGGCUAUUGGAAAGAGAUCACUCCAAUUUUAGUUUAUCUUGGCAUAAUGGUAUUUCCUGUAAAUGUAAAGGGCUCAGGUGGAAGCCUUGCAACUUUUGCCUAUUUUUUAACCGGGUGGAUUAUUUCAUACUCCUUCAAUUUUAUGAUGGAAUGGAGCUCUACAGGAACCUUUUUUAUAUUCUCAAGCAUUUGGGGUUUAACUAUUCUAUUUGUUGCAAAGCUUGUGCCAGAGACAAAGGGGCGAACCCUUGAAGAAAUUCAAGCAGAAAUGACCCUCUCUCACCUCUCUCACCAAUAAGAUAUAUAACCUAAGUAUGGCUAAAUAUUUCUAGAGGGGGUGAAUGGAAAUCAAUAAAAAUAUUCACGGAAUAAAACUUAUCAGUGAAAUUUAAAGCAAAUGAUGAGUUUAUCAAGACAAUGUUUCAAAUGCUUUCAGUGGUGCAGAGUUAUAUUAAUAUGCCAUUAUGGGAUUCUUUUGGCAUAUUAUAAAUUUAUGAUAUAAAGGCAUUCUGUCAUGGUGAUACUGUGAUAGACGUGGAAUUCUGAAAUCUAAA